CCUCCACAAUCAGCAGGUCUAUACACCAUUGGAACUUCGUGCGGUGUUCUGGAACGCAGGAUGUAGAAUAGAUUUCCUCCUCCUUCAUCCCUCAAAGAACUCAAGGCUUUCAUUUUAAAAGAAUGGACCAAUAUCUCACUACACACAGUUCAGAACUUGUAUGUCAGCAUCCCAAGAAGGGUUGAGGUUGUUAUGAACAUAUAAAAUAUGACUGUAAAAUAUAGUUGUACAAUCUAUCGGUGUUGGUGGAUGAGAUGUGUGUGGUAUGUGAGGUGUCCUUCUUGCAGCUCACUGGAUUGUGGGAAUGGCCAUCUCUGUUACUGGCAGUAAAAUGUUGCUUACCAGGAGCCAGAUGGUGGCUGCAUUCUUCUUGACUUCCCUUUGUACAGGAUUCUGCUACCCUGAGAGUUCUGGGACUGAGUUUGUAACAGCCUUCAUGGAGAACAUAGCUUAUUACUACUGGAGUCCACCCCUCUACAGACUCCUCAUUUCUUCCCUGAAAAGUGGCACAGAGGUCAACGUCAGUGCGGCGGACCAAACUUUUAAGACAACCCUUUCGAUGUCAGCUGGGCAGACACAAGAGUUGAUCCUCCCCAACGGGUUGGAGCUGGACAAGUUUAACACUUCCUACAAGACAGUUCGUGUGACUAGCAGCUCCCCGGUGACCGUCUUCUCCGUCAAUCAGAAGUUCACAAGCUUCGACACUGGCAUGGUUCAGCCUGUGCAGAAUCUGGGUACAGAGUACCGUCUGGCCUCCCCAGCAGAUCCUACAGACCACUUAUAUCAGUUUGUCGUCAUCAACACCCAGGUUGCCAACACGGUCACAAUUUCCCAGCCAUCCCAGGAACCGCUCACAGUCAACCUCGGCCCAUAUGAAAAUGCUAAGUUCCAAAGUCCGAAAUACCCUGUGUCCACACAGGUGACCGCCAAAACCCCAGUAGCUGUGCUGUUCGGGAACCCCUGCAUUGCGAAACCCCAGUGCCAGUGUGGCCUGGUGUUUGAGCAGCUAACCCCAGUUUCCAGCUGGGGGAGAACCUUCAUCGUGCCGUCCCUCUCCGUAUCAGACGCAAAAAGGAAUCAGACCAUUCUGCUAGUGAAGUCUGACGGCACUGGUCCAGAAAGCAUUCUGCCCUCCGAGUACCUGGCUCCUCCAAGUUCCAAUAUACCAACACUGAUGGACACCUCCCUCUACAUCCAGGCUCCGAUGCCAGUUUCUAUCAGUCUGUUGGAUUUUGGUGUCAUGGCUUUGAUACCAGUGGAACGUUUCUCCACCUGUUACCUGGUGCACACCUUUUCAUGGACGCAAAACUUUCUCCUGAUAGUAGUGAAAACUGCUGACAAGGAGGGGAUUCGUCUAGGGGAGCAGCCACUUACUUCAGGUGUGACCUGGGUCCAAGUGAAAAACUCUGACUACUCCGUGGCGCUAGUCAACCUGUGGUAUUCGGACAUGCACCGUGUCGUCUGGCACCUGACUUCCAAGAUGGGCGUCUACAUUAUUGAGAAACAGUCAGGGUUUAUGUUAUUUGGGAGCCCAGCUCUGAGCCUGAAAGUGGAACCAGAUGGUCAUAAGUGCAGGCCAUACCCGGGUGAAGUGGAGCUGGUGCAGGAGACGAAGAGCUGGGCGGAUGCACAGGCCCACUGCUGGAAUCUCAACAGCCAGCUGGCAAAUCUCAACAGCAAGGACUACCUGCUGUAUGCUGGCCAGGAGCUGAGAGGGGUCAAGCAAAGUGCAGUCUGGAUGGGCUUUCGCAAGAGCCUGCUGUCCGGAGAAUGGCGGUGGCUCAACAGGGAGCCAGCGGAAUACACUAACUGGGGAUCAGGUCAACCAAAUAGCUCCCUGAAUACCCAGUGUGGCAUGAUGUCCGUGGAACGUCUCACCUGGAGCGCUGUGAGCUGCUGUGACCAACUGCCUUUCAUCUGCUUUGAGCCUGGGCCUGAAAUUCCGUUUCCAUAGCGCCCUGAAUCCAGUGGCCACCAACCCUGCUCCUGGAGAUCUACCCUGCUGUAGGUUCUCAUUUCAACCCUAAUUUGGCACACCUGACUCUACUAAUUUGCAGCUCAACAAGAUCUCCAGCUGUUGAAUGCGGUGUGCUUUGUUAGGGUUGGAGUGAAAACCUACAGGACGAUAGAUCUCCAGGGACAGGGCUGGUUACCACUGCCUUAAUCUGUCUUCAGCCUGAUCCUGAAAUGAGCUACUUGUAGGACCCUUCAUCCAUUACAGUUUAUCAGGGACAUUCUCUUCUCAUUAUCUGCUAUUAACUUGGAACUAAAGUCACUUUCUAACAGCUCCUUAAUAAUCCCCGAACAGUGAUUUUCUUCUGGUUGUGUUUAACUCAUAUUUUCCCCUAAUUCUGUGUUGUUUUUCAGUCUUUUCAGAAUUCUUAAAUUCAUCUUGUUUGAUUUAUGGUAGAAUUUUUAAGAAUAUAAUCUUUCAUCUCUAAAUAUUUUUCAAAUGAAAUCCAGAAAUCCCUCUUAUUUUACAGUGAACAUUUCAUGUAGCAAAGAGCUUUGCCAAUAUAAAUAAAUAGUCCAAAUAUUUCUGGAAUUAUCCCUCUAAGGGAUGCAUUUCCUUGAGUCAGAAACACCAUUUUAAGAAACAGAAAAGAGAAAACAUAUUUCCUGAUUUAUUACCUGUUGGAAUUCUUUGAUAUGUUUUUAAGCAAUUUAACUUUAUUUUGAGCAACUUUAAGCAUUUCAAAAUAAAACAUACACCUUUGUGAAAUAUCU